CUGAAUAUCAUCAAAUCAAUACUCUAUGCCACCCAGCGUUAUACAUCUUCAUCCUAGAUUUUGACUUAAGAAUUGUCAGCUAAAUUUAAUUGCAAUAAUGGCUGAGAAACCAUCUGAAAGCAAGAAAGUGGCCAUCAUUGGAAGUGGCCUGAUUGGUCAAAACUGGGCAAUGAUAUUUGCUGGGGCCGGUUACCAGCCUUGUUUAUUUGAUGUGGAUCCAGGACAGUUAGAGCGGGCAUUGCAGGGGACCAGAAAGCAUCUCUCAGAAUAUGAGACCAAAGGGUUUCUAAGGGGAUCAGGGACAGCCAAUGAACAAGCAGACAAAAUCACAGGAACCAGCUCCCUUUCAGAGUGCCUUGAUGGAGCUUUUUAUGUGCAAGAAUGUGUUCCAGAGAACAUUGACCUCAAGAAGAAAGUAUUUGCUGAGAUGGACGGUCUAGUUGGGGACAAAACCAUCCUUGCUAGCUCAAGCAGUUGUCUGUGUGCUUCUAUGAUUGUCGAUGGCUUGAAACAUCAACACAAUGCGAUCGUUGCUCACCCGAUCAAUCCGCCCUACUUUGUUCCACUGGUGGAGAUUGUCCCAGCUCCAUUCACAAGUCCAGAAGUCACGAGCAGUGUUCGGAAAUUGAUGGAAGAUAUUGGCCAGUCACCAAUCACGCUGCGUCAGGAAUGCCUUGGUUUUGCCCUAAACCGCAUACAGUAUGCCUGUAUCAAUGAGUGCUGGAAUAUGUACAAAACUGGUUUACUCAGUGCAGAGGACAUAGACAAAGUUUGUACAGAUGGACUGGGUCUUCGUUAUGCCUUUAUUGGUCCACUGGAGACAAUGCACCUUAAUGCUAAUGGGAUCAAGGAUUACUGUGAGCGCUAUGCACAAGGAGCAGUUAAUGUUCAAAAGGAGACUUUUCAACAGAUACCUGUCUUGUAUGACACUGAAACUGCUCAGAAAAUCCAAGAAGAGUGGACAAAUUCUCUCCCCUUGGAUACUCUUCCGGAAAGAAGGGUGUGGAGGGACGAAAUGUUGGCUAAACUCUCUAAAUUGAAGAUUGAAGAUUCAAAAAGUGAAAAAAGUGGUUAAUUGUUAAAGCAUUAAGAAAAUAUGAGAUAUGUUCCACCUAGGCCUAUAACUCAGUUCCACAGUAAUUAAUUAUUAAUCCAAUCACUUGAAUCAAAGAUACCCCCCUCCCCCACCCCCACCCCCAAAGAAAACAUAUUUGUUUCACCUUUGUUUAUUUAGCAGUUAAGUAUUAUCAACUUGCAUGUCAGCAUUUUACUUAAAUGUUUGUGCAUUGAAAUUUAUAUAGAGUUUUGCUAAUGUUUGUAAUUUUUUGAUUGUUACAAAAGAACCAUUUCAAAGAACCAUUUCAUGUUUGUAUACAUGUUGUCUACCCUUUUCAUUCUGUAUGUUUCAUAGAAAUUCAACAUUGAUAUUUGUGUUUUUUGUGCAUUGAAAUUUAUAUACAGUGUUCUAAUGUUUGUAUCAACUUAUUGAUUAGUACCAAUGUAUUAUCUGAUAUUUGUAUACAUGUUGUUUACCCCUGCCAUUCUGUAUGUUUCAUAGAAACCCAACAUUUAUUUUUUUUAAACAUUUUUUAAUUAUGAGUUGAUACAAAUUCAAAUACUAGUCCUCAUGUUUGUAUGAGCUGUAUUUGAAAUUUGGUCAUCAUAUUUUUUCGUGCAAUAGUAUAAGCAUCCACUUAUUUGUUAAUGUUUUAAAAGUACUUAGUUGUACUUUAUAUUCUAACAAAUCAUCUACUUUUUCUCAAUCUUAUAACAGUAUUUGCAUUAUUUGAAAAAUGUUGUGAUUUUCUUUUUCUUUAAGCAAAUAUGAAAAAAAAAAAUAUGUUAUUAUUAUUGAUUUCUGAAUACAAGUAUUAAAUGAUCAAUUUUUUUAAAUGUUUUAUUGUCCUUUUUCAUUACUUCUGAAUCCAAAAUCAUCAAGUUCCUAUAUUUUUAUGACAUCAAAUACUAAGAUAUACAACGGGCCGAUUGUUCAGAACUUUGUAAAAGUUUAUAACGUUGUUAAUUCCAUCGUUUUCUACCCUUUUUAGCUCGACUAUUCGAAGAAUAGGUGGGCUAUACUACUCGCCCCAGCGUCGGCGUCCGGUUAAAGUUUUAGGGCAAGUUGGGAUUUUCACUUAUAAGUCCAAUACUCUACAUUCAAUUGACUUAAUACUUCACACAGUUGUUCAGGGCCAUCACAUGAUGAGGUUAGAUAACUCCAUAUUAUCUUUUAUACAAAUUAUGGCCCCUGAUUGACUAUGGAACUUGGGUUAAAGUUUUAGAGCAAGUUGGAAUAUUUAUUAAUAACUUCUAUAUCCUUUGUUAAAAUUGACUUAAUACUUCACACAGUUGUUCAGGACCAUCCCACAAUGAGGUUACAUAACUCCAUAUUAUCCUAAAUACAAGUUAUGGCCCCUGAUUGACUUAGGUUAAAGUUUUAGGGCAGGUUAAAGUUUUAGGGCAAGUUGGGAUUUUCACUUAAAACUCCAAUACCAUUCAUUCAAUUGACUUAAUACUUCACACAGAUGUUCAGAGCCAUCACAUAAUGAGGUUAGAUAACUCCAUAUUAUCUUUUAUACAAAUUAUGGCCCCUGAUUGACUAUGGAACUUAGGUUAAAGUUUUAGGGCAGGUUGGGAUAUUGUUUAAUAACUUCUAUACCCUUCAUUCAAUUGACUUAAUACUUCACACAAUUGUUCAGGACCAUCACCCAAUGAGGUUACAUAACUCCAUAUCCUUAAUAAAAGUUAUGGCCCCGGAUUGACUUAGGUUAAAGUUUGAGGCAAGUAAAAGUUAAGGGCAAGUUGGGAUUUUAAUAAAAAAAACUUCUAUACCGUUCAUUAGAUGCACUUAAUAAAAUUCAAAAUUAUUUACGACCAUCUUACAACAAGAAAAAUAACUCCGUUUUAAGCCUAAAUACAAGUUAUAGCCCUUGAUUUUUUUUUUUAUUUCCUUUGAAAGGCAUAUUUGUAUAUUCUUAACCACAUUUUCAUAAUGGAAAAUCAAGUUAUUUGAAUGACUUGCGUCAUUGUUUGGGCGGGCUGGUGGGAGGGCAGCAUCAAAGUCACCUUAUGUAUCAAAUAAUUUUAGUUAGGUUUGACAUAAAGAGACCAAACUUGGUAUUAUUACAUCGCUAUUGUAUUCUAAGUCAAAGUGGCAUAGUCGAGCGCGCUGUCUUACGACGGCUCUUGUUUAUAUCUUUAUUACUCUGGAAGUUUAAUGGAUUCACUAGAGGUCUGCUUUAUUUCUAAAAACAUUUGAAGCAACAGUUUCAGCUGUACUUGUUUAUAUUUAAAUAUGUGAGCAGAUCAUCAAAUAUUUCACAUCUAAAAGUUAACAACAAUGUCGUUAAUCACGUUGUUAACUUUGACUACGUUCUAAAUAAUUGGAGCAGUGUUUACCAUGAUUGGAACAAAUAGAGAAACAUUUUAUAUAAUGAUUGAAUUUUAUCUCUUACUACUGAAUUCGCUAAUACUCGAUUUCAGGAUCUCAGAAUUGAUUAUCACAGUAAGACUAUAUUUUGUAGAAAUGGACAGAUACACAUUGGUAUCAAUUUGUACGCUAUCUUAUAACUGAACAAAACAAAAGAAACACAUCAUUGGUAUGUGCUUAUAUUAAGCGUUAAUUACAGCAGCUUACAUGUAAAUGCAGUUUGUAAUUAAAUCAUACCAACUAUUUUUAAGCAUUAGUAUGAUUUUAAGCUUGACUAUUCAAAGAAUAUGAGAGCUAUACGACUCAUCCCGGUAUUGGCUUUUGCAUGUAAGCAUUUACUUUUGUCUUGCACACAAUUCAAUAUCUCAACAUUGACUGGAUGUAUUGCAUUGAAACUUCAUACAAGGUUUGUCAACCAUCCAACCUACUUUAAUGUUGAAGUAAUAUAACUAUAUUUUGCAUAUAAUUCGAAAUAGGAUUCUUUUAUAUUCAACUCAGAAAUAAUGGCUGAUGUUUUGCAUGUAAGCACACAUAAGUCAAUAUCUCAGUAAUUACUUAAUGCAUUUUGCUGAGACUUAAUGCAACCAUCCAAUCUUCUUAAUAGUGAAGUUUCAUAACUCUAUUUUGCAUGAAAUGAUAGUUAUGGCCCUUUUCUAUUUGACUUAAAAGUUCUGGUUAAGGUUUUGCAUGUAUAUACAUGUACAAGUCAAAAUCUCAGCAAAUACUUCAUGUAUUGCAAUGAAACUUUACAGUAGUGUUCCCAUUCAUCAACCCUAAUUAGUUAUUUAAGUUUGAUAACUCUAUCUUACUCAUUAUGCAAAUUAUGGUUCUUUAUGAUCGCUGUCGAAGCACCGGUCAAUAUCUUCCAAAGGAGAACACCUUCAACAUCUUGAUGUAGUACAUCGAAACUUUAUACAAGAUUAAUAAACUGGCCUGAAAUCAGAGAAUGUGGCUUUAAUCUUCUGAUCUUGUUUUUUUUUUCAAUAAUCAGGAUAAUAAAAAAUACAAAUGUAGUUUGACUACAAUACAAAAGAGUAAUUUUGCAUAUUUUAUAUUCAUAAACAGAUUAUAUAAUAAGAAGAAGAAGAAAAAGAAGAAGAAUGAUGAUAAUAAUAAUAAUAAUAAUAGAAAUAAUAAAAGCAAUAAAAUCUUAAUUUAACAAAGGUUAUUCAUAUUUAUAAAUAAUUGGCUUCAGGAAUAUUUUGAUCAAAUUCAUGUAGUGAAAGUCAUUGAAAAAAAUUAGAUAUAUCAGUAUAGCAUAAAUUCCUGUCAUAAAUGUAUGCUUUUCAUGUUAAGUAUAUACAAUAUUACAGGGAACUUGUACAAAUAGAGCAUUUUUCAUGCUUCUUUAUAUUGUUGAUACUUAAAAUUAUCGGAAUGGACUUAGUACAAACAAAAAUAAAUUGUUGUAUGUGUUUCCACUUAAACAUGUCGGGUGCAUGUUAGUUUUGAUGUUCUGGUAUUUACAUAUUCUGUUAUGUCCUUCUAAAAGACCUGGUAUCGUAGCAAUAACCAUUGUAAGAAAUGUCUAUGAUUUACAAAAUCAAAGUGCACAAGGUGAUAUUUAUUUGUCAAUAAAAAAAAUAUUCAUUUUAUUAUUUGAAUGUAAAUAUUGACUUAAUGGGCUCGUGUUAUCAAUGAACUGCAACAAAAUGUUGCAAGAUCAUGAUUUUCCAUUCAAUACAAAGGGGGUGUCGGAAAUGAAAAUUUAUAUUGUAUAUAUCUAAACAAGCCUUCAGAAUAAUAUUUCUCGUCAAACUUUUUGUUUUAACAUUAAUCUUAUUAAAACCAAGAAUAAAGGUUACAAAAAAAAUAUCGUUGAUAAGAUAUUUCCCCAUUAUGUAUUUAAAAAGACCUAUAUCUUAAUCAAGAUUAAAACAAUAAAGACACCACCCAAUAUCACAGGGGUGUCUUAAAUGCUUAAUUAAAGGUGCACAAUAUUAUAUAGGUUGUUGGCCAAAAUUAUUU